AUGGCAAUCUUACUGGCGUUAUUGCUCGUUGCUGCUACUCAGGUUGAGACGAACACCGGAAGUUGUAAGGACAUGUUACAGGGUUACCUGUCCGGACAACUGUCGUCUGCUCUUGGAGCGUACGAAGUAAAAGCGUUGAGACGGGAGUUCAAAAGUUUUACUGAUGUCAUAGAAAAAUCGAUGAAGAAGUUUAAGAAAACAGUGAAAUCCGAAGUAAAUGCACACACCAGUAACAGUAGUGUAGUUUACACCAGAUGGGGAAAGAAAACGUGUCCAUCUACUGCCGAGUUAGUUCAAUCAGGGUUAGCUGGAGGCUUGUAUUAUACCUACAAAGGAGCAGCUGUAGAACCUCUCUGUUUACCGAGAAAUCCAGAAUGGGGGAUGUACACUGAUGGGUUCGAUGGAUCCAAAAAUUACAUUUUUGGCACAGAGUAUCGAACAAGUUCUUUAACAGGCAACGUCCAAAGAGUUAAUAACCACGAUGUUCCGUUUGCUGUUUGUCUAGUUCGCCAAAGGUCCGUUGUUCAAAUGUUUCCAGCAAGAAAAACGUGUUAUAAAGGAUGGACGUUGGAAUACCAUGGUUACCUUAUGGCGGGUUAUUAUGAUCAUGCAGCUGGAACCACCUACACCUAUAUUGACAGUCAUCCAGACACCUUGCAUGGUGGUUCUACCUUUAAGGAUGGUAAACUCUUCUAUCCUGUCGAGGCUUCUUGUGGAUCCUUGAAAUGUCCUCCUUAUGUAAAAGGAAGAGAACUUGUGUGUGUUGUUUGUUCAAAAGAAUAA